AAAGCUGGAGGAGGAUGCGGCCCGCCACUAAAAUGAGGCUGUGCUGGCUAAUUGCAAGCGGGCAGAUCCCUGUCCUUCAGCCUCGCCAACUCAUCAAGUGGAUUGCCAGAACGACUGCUAGCGGACUCGACAAUUGAUCCCUUCCACUCAAUAAUACAUCAUCCCCUUAACAGUACACAGAGCACUAUUCACUUCCAAGACGAAAAUAUUUGACGACUUGUACUAUGCGUUUGCUGAACACGUGCUUGUCUGACAGCGGGGAAUUCGUAAUUCAAGACUUUUUGAAUUACGAACUACCGCCAUACGCUAUUCUAUCACAUACCUGGGGCAAAGAGGAAGUCACAUAUCAAGAAAUCAACGCGAACAGCGCAAAGGGAAAGAGCGGGUACAAGAAAAUUACACAAUACUGCUCAGUAGCAAAGGCGGAUGGAUACGAUUAUGUCUGGAUCGAUACAUGUUGCAUUGACAAGACAAGCAGUGCGGAGUUGUCUGAGGCGAUCAACUCCAUGUAUCUCUGGUACCAAAAGGCUGAGGUAUGCUACGCAAUUCUUGCGGACGUGCGGUCUGAAGAAGAAAUUGCCCAGAGUAAAUGGCUUACGAGAGGCUGGACACUUCAAGAGCUGAUCGCUCCAUCAAGAGUGAUAUUCUUGAACGAAAGAUGGGAAGUGCUGGGAGAUAGAGCAACUCUCCGAGACAGAUUAUCUGAAUAUACUGGGAUACCCGCCGGAAUUUUGUCCGGAGAGGACGAUCUUGAAACGUCUAGCGUCGCACAGAGAAUGUCAUGGGCUGCGAAAAGACAAACAUCGCGAGUGGAAGACCGCGCCUAUUCCCUAAUGGGCAUAUUUAACGUCAAUAUGCCGCUGAUCUACGGGGAAGGCGAAAAUGCGUUCAUCAGACUUCAGGAGGAAAUCAUGCGGAUCUCAGAUGAUCAGAGUCUAUUCGCUUGGACGUCUUCUGAUGAUCGCGGCGGGCUUCUCGCCACCUCUCCUGCCGCAUUCGCCCAUUCCCAUAACAUUGUGCGAUUCAAUCCGUAUGGCAGUCUUGAUAACCCUUUCACUGUGAAUAGUAGAGGGGUGCAUUUAGAUAUUGGCUUCGCAGGAAUAUCAAUCGACGGCCUAGGUGUCGCAAUCCUUAACUGCGUGGAAAGAACCUGCACAGAAAGAACCCAGCAAGAUAAGGUUAUUGCCAUCUACUUGGAGGAUUUAACUUUCACUAUGCAUCUGUUCAAGAGGGUCCAAAGCGGGCUUUUGCGACAUAUCGAUCUCAGAAUCUUUCGACCAACCCAAUAUCCCGUGAGAAGGAUUUGUGUCCGAGGCGGUCGCACAAUGCUCAUACAAAAGCGUACCGCCGUAGAACAGGACGGUAUCUCCCCAGAAGAGACUCAUAUUAUCGAAGAGCUAAGGCUUCCGAUGCGUUAUAGAGAUCCAGCAGCCUUAUUGGUGGCCACAGAAGCAGGAAUUAGAGGUGGUGUAUGGUUAUUGUUGACUCACAGUGACAUCGGGAUAGAGAUAACGAAUCAUAAUGGUCAGACACCCUUAUCACUUGCUGCAGAGAAUGGACAGGAGGAGAUUGUGCAGAUGCUCCUUGAGAGAGGCGCCUCAAUUGAGACCAAAAGUUCAAAAUACCAGACACCGCUUUCUUUAGCUGCAGAGAAUGGACAUGAAAAUAUUGUGCAGAUGCUCCUUGAGAGAGGUGCCUCAGUUGAGACUAUAAAUUCAGAUAAUCAGACACCGCUAUCAUUGGCCGCAGCGAAUGGGCACGAACGCAUUGUUCAGAAGCUUCUUAAGAGAGGUGCCACAACUGAGACCAGAAGUUCAAAAGACCAGACACCGCUUUCUUUAGCUGCAGAGAAUGGACAUGAAAAGAUUGUGCAGAUGCUUCUUGAGAUUGGCGCCGCAAUUAAGGCUAAGGGUCAGUGGGGCGAGAGAACACCGCUGUCACUGACUAACGAUCGAUGGCUUCAGAUGCCUCUGUGGAAGGCUACAGAGAAUGGACAUGAAGGUACCGUCAAGAUGCUUCUUGAAAGAUGCGACGAUACUGAGAAUCAAAAUACGUGGAGGUGGGAUUCAUUGCUAUCACUCGCUACGGAGAAUGGACAUGAAGGUAUCGUCAAGAUGCUUCUUGAAAGAGGCGCCAAAUCAAGACAACACAUCCGUACGGCUCGGAGGCUUCAGCGAAUGGCUAUGAGGCUGUUACCUGCAUCUUCGCACGCCGCAACCUAAACACAGGACAACUUCUCAACGACAGAGUAUAGGGGUAUUAUCCAUCUGCUGAAAGGAACAAACAAUACCGGGGG